UACAGGAUGGGAUAGCAAAGAACCUCGACCACUGGCGGUUCAGGAGGAGCCCGAGUUCGCCAUGAGCAUCAGUAACUUGACAACACCCCUAGGACGUGAAGCCGUGCUCUCGUGUGUGGUAGAGAGACUCGGCAAGUACAGGGUGGGCUGGCUGCGGGCCGAGGACCAGACUAUCCUGAGCCUACAUACUCGUGUGGUGACGCACAACUCACGGAUAUCCGUGACACACGACAACCACCGCACCUGGCAGCUUCACAUUAAACAGGUUAAAGAGUCGGACAGAGGGUGCUAUAUGUGUCAGAUAAACACUAAUAUCAUGAAGAAACAGAUCGGCUGCAUUGACGUCUUAGUGCCUCCCGAUAUCUUGAAUGACGAGACAAGUUCCGACAUGUCGGUGCAGGAGGGAGAGAACUCCACACUAAUCUGUCAGGCAACCGGUCAUCCCAAGCCAAGAAUACUCUGGCGACGAGAGGACGGCGAGGGCAUAAUCAUCAGGAAGGGGCCAAGGGAUAUUGUCAAGGUGGACAUGUAUAACGGUAGUGCCAUGACGUUCUGGAAAGUAGACCGCCGUCAGAUGGGCAUCUAUCUGUGUAUUGCAAGUAAUGAUGUCCCGCCAGCUGUUAGUAAACGGGUGGCAUUCAGCGUGAACUUCGCACCUGUGAUAAAGGUGCCCAACCAACUCCUGGGUGCGCCACUGGGGACAGACGUCCAGCUAGAGUGUUACGUGGAGGCUUACCCCAACACAAUCAACUACUGGAUCAAGAACAGGGGCGAGAUGUUGCUUGACGGGUCAAAAUACUCGAUCCACGAGAAUCGGUCUACCUACAAAGUGUACAUGUGGCUGAUCAUCAGAUCUUUCAGCCGUGCUGAUAUCGGCACAUACAACUGCGUCAGCACUAACUCUCUUGGACGUGGAGAAGGCACCCUCAGACUCUACGGUCUGGCGGAAACGACGAAGAGCCACACUUCCGCCUCGAACGGAAGUCGAGAAAACAGCGACUCUUCCGGAAGUUGUCUCCUGGCUUCCUCUUUGCUGUUAGCUUCCGCUGCCGUCUUAUCAUCGAGGUGACCCUCUUCUCAGAAGCGCAUUUUAUAAUCAAUAUCAUCGUCCACCCGCCACAUGUACAGAACCCUGAUCGACCGUUUUUCUACCCUUUUACAGUUUGUGACGAUGGACAUUUUGUUGACUACAGAUUCUGUGAUGCUUAGCAACCUUGUUCAAAGUAUGUAAUGUUCAAUGUAUAUUUGUAAUGGAUUGUUAGAGCUUAGUGCGUUGUUUAAAUUAUAAUUAUAUGUACAUAAAUUGAAUUGUGAUAAUAGGUUUAUGACAGGGUGACUUUAUCAUUAAAUAUUAAAAGUGACAAGCUCUUUUGCAAUCGUACCUUUUGUAAAUUGUUCCGUAUACGGAAACUUUUCAUGACUGAUUUCAUUUCAGAAAAUAUUGUGCAAUCAUGUGCUUUUUGUAAUAUUACUAAAGAAAUGUUUUUAAUAUUGAUAAUACAUAUCUGCUUGAAAUGUCUCUAUUAUUUAAAAGAAUCGAUUAUAUACCAUUAUCCACUUCUAAUGUAAAUACGAAGCAGUUGAUUUGCAUUUUAAUGUUUAUGUAAUGUUAAUAGAAGUUGCAAGUGUAAAAAGUGUAGAUUAUAUUGUAGUAAAUGUAUAUAAUUGUAGAUUACUUGCAGGCCUAAUGUCAAAAUAUUGUUUUAAAAUAUUAUUUAAAUUUCCUUUAAUUAAUUGUUUCCAAUGAAUACCUGAUUAAUAAUUAGGGGAUUUGAAAUGAAGCGGAAUGUAAUCAAAUAUAAAGUAAAACCCAAAACGUUGCUUUAAAAUUGCAGUUUUAAAAAAGGGUAAGAAACAUUUAAUGCUAUUUAAUAUACCUACAUAAAGACUUUAUUUAUAGACGAUGAGUUUAAAUUAAAUAGAUGUACCAAGGGUUUGCUACUAGAUUGGUUAGGGAUUAUAAAAAAUCAUGUUAUUUAUACUUAAGUUUAUAAUUCUUUCAUAAUAGUCAUCUCAGACAACUAAAUUUACAAUAUUUAUAUAGAUUUCUUAAAUAAAAGAAUAUGUUUUGAGAUGUAAAAAAAAUUAUUAUAAAGCUACAAUAUUUAAAAUUAAAUCUUAUGUUUUAAAUUAUUAUACACUUCUUAAAGAUUAUGUAUAAUGAUUCCAAAAGCUUCAAGGUUUUAUUCUAAACUCUAUUACACUAAUAUAUAGUGAGCCACCUAACGGGCGAUAUUUCAAAUACUAGUCUUGACGGAAAUAAUAUUGUUAGCUUAAAUCUUUUAUUUCUUAAAGGAUUGCAAAAUUUACAUUUAGCAUUACUCGUUAAAAAUGUGAUUGGAUGUAUCUGUUUGUAUUUGAAAAUACUGCUUGUAUAUAUGCUUGUAUAUAACACUUCCAUUGUAUGAGUAAUUGGUGCUAAAUGCCAAAAUAAAAAAGUUCGUGUAACUGA